AAUUUACAUUGAAUUUAUUUGCGUAGACUGAACUAAACUAAACACCGAAUAGAAAGAUAUCAUCAAUCAACUGAACUGAAAAAGACGGCGGUUUGCGAAUCUCGUCGGACAUGGCAGUGCCAGCGGCGGAGACACUGAGAUCUGACUCAAUUAUUAACACUUGCUGCGAACAGUGGAAAAACAAAUACUUGAAAGCUCAAGAAUCGCGUAAUGCUCUUCGUCAAGCUGUUAAAUUUCUCGAACUCAAAAUCAAUGAAAUUCAAUCCCUCAACAACCACAAUAACAAUAACAAAGUAUGUGAUGUGAAAAUCGAAACUGGGGAGCGAUUGGAAGAAUUUAAUGCUGGGGCGCCGGCGGUGAAUAAUGGACUCAGUAGCUUCAAGUCUCAGACUGUUACUUCUGCUCAUCGGGGAUGUAACGGGGAUGGGGACGAGAAUGAGAAGGCAUUAGAUUUACAAGCUUGUAUAGCUGAGAGGGACAGGGAAAUAUGUAGAUUGAAGGAGCUUUUGGAGAGUGAAAAAAGAAGGGCUGAUUCUAAGAGGAAGAGAGUUGCCGAAACUUGGAAGUUACUGGAACAAGAAAAGAAUAAGGGAGCGCAAAUUGCAAAACUUAAAGUGGAGAAGGCUGAGGGGUAUAGGGUUCAGAUUGGUCAAUUGGAGAAACAAGUCAGUGAAGCAAAACAGAAAUUGAAAUCUGAGACAUCUGUGUUUAAAGCGGCGGCCAGAAGGCAGGAUUUUAAAAAGCGCAGGUUAUUUGCAGAGAAAAGAAAAGCCGAGUUAGAAAUGGCAAAAGCUAACGAAAAGUUGAAGGAGAUUGAAAAGCACAAAGCCAUUGAGAUGGUUAAAUUAGAGGAGCAGAAGGCACUUGCACAAGAUAACUGGAACAAGUUUGUGGAAGAGAAAUGUCGUGCAGAUCAGAUGUCUCAGCAGCUAGCAGAAGAUAAGAGGACAAUUGAGGAUUUGAAGCGGAAGAUGCUUGAGCUCUCAUCCCUGAGAAAUCAAACUGAAAUAGCCGUUGACAUCAGUGCGAAAACUCAAAGUAGUCAAUGUUCUAAAGUGAAACAUUUGAAAAACAAUCUGAACGUUGAAAAGUUACAAACAAAGCAUACCAAGCUAAAAUACAAGUUAGAAGCAAGUCGUUACAGUAUUUUACAUCACAAAUUAGGUUGUCUAAAGAUUGGUUUUGUUCAGCUUCUACGUCACUUUGAUGUACUGGAUGCAUCUUUUUUGUCUGUUUCAGGAAGUACACAAGACCACACAAAGAAGUUUUUCGACAUGGAUAAUUUUGGUUUGGUGGCGACUGUUUUGAAGUCUCUAGUUAUGUUGCUUGAGGGUGAAAGCCUAUCCGAUGUUACUGCUCCUUGUCUUCCUGCAAUAAAUCAGCUGCAUACUGAAUUUUGCACAAAUGAUAGUUGCCAAUUAUUAGAAGGCGCUGAAUCCAUUGAUGCAAUUGCAUGCUUGCUCUUGGAAGAGAUAAAGAACUGUUGGCUCCAAGGGAUAAACCAAAUUGAUUUGUCAGAUUCUGGAUUAAUGCCAGGCAAUGAUAAUGUUCGACAACGGUCUAAUGAAGAAGUGGGUCAACAUACCACUGACAAGAAUAAUGAUGUGUCCGGUUGUUUGAAAAGAUGCCUGGUUUCUGAUACUCGACCACAUGCUCUUAAGAAUGUCAUCCUCUGUCACCUUAUUGAUAUCGUGUCAUUGGUGGAACUGGUAGCAAACGAAAUGAGCUGGCACUGGGCUGAUAUCAAACUUGUUCCUCAGCUGCUCGACAUGCUUGACACAUGUGUAGAGGAGAAAAUUGCUGUUGCUAUCAUUGUACUUCUUGGUAAACUUGGGAGGAUUGGAGUUGAUAACGGUGGAUACGGAGUUCAAGGAGUUGAGAAACUGAGAUGUAAUCUGUUUGCUUAUUUAUGCCGCAUCUCUUCCAAGAAAGCAUGCUUUUCUAUUCAAAUUGCCACCGCCAAUACGCUCUUUGUCCUCCUUCCUCUUGGUCUUGAAGCCCUUUUUCAUACUAACAUCUAUCUUUCAGCAUAUUCUAAGUCUGUUUUAGACAAUGUUGAAACUUUGAGGAAGUGGUUCUUUGGGCUGAGUAAAGAUCAACAAAUAUUGCUAUCUGGUAUUUUAAAACACACUGAUGUAUAUAACAAGUCAAAUUCAUCUGUACUUUCACAUUUAAAAUAGGGUUCCUCAUUGACAUAGCUCUUAGGAAAGUUUUUCUAGGUCAGCCGAUUUCUUGGAAACUAGUUGGAGUUGAUUCAAUUGGCUCGUGAGCCUUCGAUUGGUUUACAUGCUGCUUUUGUGCUUCUUAAACUUGCAAAUAGCUCUUUUUUAUUUGUAUUUUUAUUUUUUAAUUGUAAACUUGUAACAACAAUUUUAUUGUAUUUAUUGUUCAAACUGUUUGAUUUAUGAAUAUUUAUACUCUCAAGUUAAAUGGGAUAGCCCAAAA